AAAAGGCACGACGCUAAAACUGCACGCAAAACUAUCAGUCCAAGUUCUACCGUUGACCGCAAUGGACGGAUCUUCGUUGUCGUCGUCGUUUGGGUCGUUUUCGUCGGUUUUAUCGCUGUAGUGUCCUGUGUGUUGGCAGUUUUAAGAUAUUGUCGAGGUCGUAAAACGCGGAAACUCGCGAAAGAUGGACAAUGUGACGAAUGUCACCGAAUCGGCGCUGGUGCCAGCGCUGUACGAUUUUGGCCAAAGCGACGGCGUUUUCAUCAUGAUCUGUGCCUUCCUGCUGGUGACCCUGCAGACGGGCUUCGUGCUGCUCGAGUCGGGCUGUGUGUCCCCGCGGAACGAGGUCAGCAUGAUGCUGCGGAACGUGGUGGACAUCGUCCUGGGGGGAAUCUCGUUCUGGUUCUUUGGAUACGCGUUUAUGCUUGGCCGCAGUGGAUCGCUGCUGCGGAAUCCGUUCAUCGGGCUGGGGGACUUCUUUGCCGAUGCGUCCCCCGGGGACCCGCUGCUGGGGCCGGUCAUGGUGAUUUAUCUCUUCCAGAUGACCUUUUCGGCGUGCUGCACGACGAUCGUGGGAGGAGCGGUCGCGGAAAGGUUCAACCUCAAAGCGUACUGCCUGUACUCGUUCCUGAACACGAUCGUGUACAGCAUCUCGGCUGGGUGGGUUUGGGGCGAGCACGGCUUCCUGUACCAGCUUGGCGUGGUCGACAUCGCCGGCAGCGGUCCGGUCCACCUGGUCGGUGGUUCAUCCGCGUUGGCCGCCGUCCUGCUGCUGGGACCCCGGCUGGGUCGCUACGACAAGGGCGCGGAUCCCCCGCCGCUGGGCAACCCGGUCAACGUGUGCCUGGCCCUGUUUGUGCUGUGGUGGGGUUGGUUGGGGUUCAAUUCGGGCAGUACGUACGGAAUUACCGGCGCCAAGUGGAUCUAUGCGGCGCGGGCGGCCGUCACGACGCUGAUGGGAUCGUUUGGCGGUGGGACGUUCGGGAUUUUGUACUCGAUGGGUCGCAACAAGGGCCGGUUGGACAUGGUGGACCUGAUCAACGCCAUCCUGGGCUCGAUGGUGUCCGUUACGGCCGGAUGUUCGCUGUACCAUUCGUGGGAGGCGAUCGUGAUCGGGGUGAUCGGAGCGGCGUUGUGUUGCCUGAGCGUUCCUUUGCUGGAUAAGCUACGCGUCGACGAUCCGGUUGGGGCGGUAGCUGUGCACGGAGUUGCCGGCAUUUGGAGCGUGCUGGCCGUAGGGUUGUUCGCCAGCAAUCCCGUACCGCUGGAGUUGACCAACGGAAGAACUGGACUGUUCAAGGGUGGCGGAUGGGAUCUGCUCGGGAUUCAAGCGCUAUCGGUGGUGUGCUUGAGCGUUUGGGGAUUCUUCGCCACGUAUUUGCUGCUGUGGAUCAUCAACAAGUUCCUCCCGAUUCGGAUGACCCCGGAAGAUGAGCUGCUGGGAGGCGACGUGGUCGAGCACAACUUGAACCGACCGCUUCUAACUCCAGAAUCUGACUACAAAUUGGAGAAACCUGCUGAUGCUGGUGGAAAUUCGUUCAAUCUGCGAAAUCUCAAGUCCAAGAACGUGUCUCCUUCCUUCGCGUACGAUAACCAGAUUUUCUCCAUGAGUGGUUCGAAUGGAAGUGGUGGUGUUACGCAAACCUCGACAGAUGAGUUAUGGCGGAUGAUUACGGCCAAAAAGGGGGAAGAGUUCCUCGACGGUGGCAUGCUUUUGGUCUGGCCUGGGCCCGGAACCGGAACGACGACGACGACGACGGCACCGAUGAUGCGGGGAAAAUUUAUGAUCAAAACCGGCAGAGGUUCCGGUUGUUCACUCGAUCGCAUGAUACUUUGUGUCGAGAGUAAUUGAUUUUCCGACCGUGAG